AUUCCAACGCGCUCCAAUACGUUCGCGUCACCGGAACCAAUAUGGCGACUAGAUGUUCGCGUCGCGUUAGAGUAUACUCCAUGGAUCAAUUAAGAGCACGCUCCAUUUGCCUCACCUCAGAAGGUGGUGCGGUUGGGGCAUGUUACGCACGCAUGCGUAAUGAUUGAGAAUGUGUAGUGUUGAGAGAAGUAUUUCAUGGAUCAUAGUGGAACUCUUCAUGUAGUAUAGAACGACAGGACGCUUGUCCCAACUUGUCCUAAAUCCGUUCGUGUCAUCGAGUGUUGGAGCACAUGAAUCCAACUGCUCCAAUCGCCAUCUUACCGGUGAUCCACGGUGAUCCAAGUGCUCUCUGAGUUAAUUUGGAGCAAGCGACGCGAACAAACCUCUAGUCUUCUUGACAAUAGCGACCGUCGGUCGCGCAAGCGAUAAUCGUCGAUAGCUAUCGAUAACGAUUCUCGUCGUUAGGAAUAUAGUACUUAGGAAUAGAGUACUUAGCAUGAGAGUUGAUUUUGUUGCAAGAAAGGAUACGCAUGAUGGAACGGCGUAUAGAGAGAAGGCAGCUGAGAGAUAUAGAGAGAAGGCAGCUCAGAACCCUUUUUAUCUCCCACGAGUUGAAUUUGUUAAUUAUUUUCGUCUUACUCCAGAACUUGUUAUGGAUGUAAUAAAUGCAAUACGAGCUAAUUUAUGGAGCGAACGACUUACCGGUUUAGCGCCUGAAAUAAAGGUGUUGAUCGCUAUACAAUUUUACGCUCAAGGUAGCUACCAAAGAAAUGUCGGUAAUCAAUUUCAGUUUAAUGUUAGACGACAACAAGCCGUUGCAUCCAUGCUGUGACUGAUGCAAUCAAUGAGCACUUAUUGCGUACAUGGGUGAAAUUCCCAAUGACCGACGAGGAUCGACAGCA